CUCUCAUAUGCACUCCGUUGCUGCUCCUUAAUUCUGGCCGACAUCCUGCGGUUGGAGCAAUCAUAAUGGUGGCGGUCUCGCGAGUAGCCGGCGGGCUGCUUCGCUCCCUCGUCGCCGGCGUCUUCGGUGCAGCCGGGACGGUGGUCGGCGCCGUGUACGGCCUCUUGGCAGCCGCCUUCGUCGUGCAGGACGACGACGGCUUCUUGCGGGGGACGCUGGUGGGAGCGAUCGCCGGAGCGCUCGUCUCCGUCGACCUCGCACACUCCCUCCUGGCCAUAUGGUGCUGCUCCUCCGUGGACAUGCGAAUCAAACGCACCGUCAGCGCCAUCUCUGGAUUGCCAGCUCUCGCCGACCCGCACUCCGGCCGCGGUGCUCGCGUCCUCUUCGAUCGGACCAGCUUCGGCUUCUCCCCGCCGGUGGCCGUGGUGGUGGUGGCCAAGGGAGCUGCGGUAGACGGCAGUUGCUGCCCGAUCUGCCUCCAGGAGUUCGAGGCCGGCGGCGAGACCGCGGGGAGGCUCCCUGCCUGCUCCCACGUGUUCCACCUGGGGUGCAUCCGGAGAUGGCUCCUCUGCAAGUCCCACUGCCCCAUGUGCCGCCACGCCGUAAGCUAGUUCUUCUGUUGCACGAGGCAAAUUGGGAGCCAUAUGCAUAGCAUGCUAAAUGUCUUGUGGCGCAACCUGUUUUCCCCUUUCGUAGAUCAAUGACCAGUGAUCACUUUUCGUUUGCGCGCGCGGCUCCAGUUUUGUGUGAUCAUCGGGUGACUAGCACGUGUUCAGUACAAUUUGUGGCCACUUAAUGGCCAAAAUGUUGCAUUUAAUUAAAGGUCAUAGCCGACC